AUGGCGUCGGGGAGCGACGCGAUCCUGCCGCCGGCGCCGCCGGGCGGGAAGGACGAGGCCCUCGCGGGGCCCGACGCGCCGCCGGCGCCGCCGGCGCCGCCGGCGGCCGGCGGCAGCCCCGACGCGGCCCAGGACGAGGCCGAGGACCAGGAGGCGGACAUCGAGAAGGUCUACCGCUUCCGGGACGCCAUCAUGAAGGGCGCCGAGGGCCUCGGCGUCGAGACCAAGGGCGACCUCCUCUCCCUGUUCCUCGCGCGGGGCGUCGCCUGCGCGGCGCCGGACGCGCCGGCCAAGGUCGUGCCGCGGCCGCACUUCGACGACCUGCUCGGCGAGCUCGGCAUCGACGCGUCCGAGGGAAGUGUGACGUGGAUCGCGUCCCACUUCGCCGUGCCCGACGCC